UAAUGAACACAAAUCGCUCAUAUAUCCAUCAUUUUCAAAACCCAAAAUAUGUUGAUUUCACAAAGCAAACUACCCGGUCGUCAGUUUUAGGGCUAUAAGCCUGUAACUGUGGCCCUUACUACCCGUCAGCCCGGCCCAACCCGAUGGGUCGGGUAGGGUCAAUUAGUCUUUAGGGCCAAAAUAGGGCCGGGUCACAUUCUGACCCUAGAGGGUAGGGUAUUUUUGAAAUUUACUCUUAAAACCCAUUCAGGCUCAUUUUGACCCAUAUUAACCCUAAAUCCCUAAUUACCCGACCCAUUUCGGCUACAUCCCUUCUUUCCUCGCAAUAGUGCCGACUGCGCUAUCAUCUACAUCAUCAACCUCUUGAACUCCUCCUUCGGGUUCGUCGAUUUCUUCACCACCGCCAUCGCUUCCCCCAUCGUCGACCCCCCGCCGUCGCAUCUCCUUCAUCCUCUGCGCCGGUCCAGCACUCGGGUUCACCCUCCCGCCGCCGCCCUCCCCUGCCCCCCGCCGCAACAGCUUCCCUUACUCGUUCUCGUUCCUCGUCGUCUCCCCGGCGCCGGAUUUUUUCACAUCCGCAGGAGAUUGAUGGGUGAGGAGGGAAAAUAGAGGAUCCUCUGCUCAAAUCCGCAAGGUUAGCGCACGAUUGGUUUACGCUAAUUCUAGAGAUUAGCGCAUUGUGUCUCGUCUCGGAUUUUUGCCGUGCUUGCUUGUUCACCCCUUUCUUUUGCAUCGGAUUGUGGGUUCUUUUAUAAGUUGGUUGAUGCCCUGGGUAUGUAUGCAACCUAAUGCAAUUGCCUCAAACAGACUGAAAUAACUGCUCAUGUCGUUUAGGGAGUUGCUUCCUGGUUUAACUUGGGAAAAGUAGGAGAAUUCGUAGAACAAAAUGAAAGGAGACAUUACACGGAGUUGAUGGUUGUAGAUAGUCUAGAUAUUUGAUUUAUAAACGUUUAUUGAUUUUUUCUUAAUGAUGACGAGGAUUUCAUAAUCUGUGAUGCAUGUCUAUAGUAUCCUGAUUUGGGCGGAAUCAAGGAUGGUUGUUUGCUUCUAUACUAUGUACGUGAAAGUUCAGUUGUACGUUUCAUAGUUAUAUACCAUGGUUUAGUGCGCUACAUAGGAUAGUGAUGAUAUUGGUAUAUCUGUUAGCGAAAAGGGUUGUUCGCAAGUGCUACACUCGUCUCAUUUUGUGAUCAUAGUUAUAUCCCGGGCGAGCAGUCGUUCGAGCAUGUAGAGAGUCGUUGAAUGCUUGUUUAUGAAUCUUGAUUAUCGUUAGAUUUUUAAAUAGAUGACUGAGGUACACCCCGGUGCUGUUUCAGAAUGGAUUCCAAUCUUUCUUCUGUGGUUGUUGCAAUGCUUGUUUAUGCAGUCGUUGCAGCUGCUUGACCCAAUUCAGCAGUCGUUGCAGCUAUUACAGGACACCUUGCUGUCCAUAUAGCAAUCGAGGUAAGCUACUGUUGUUUCUCAUCUGUUUCAAGCUUCCUGCAUUGUAUAUUUGUUGAUUUUCUAUUUAUUUUAGUAGUUCUAGUGUUCUUUACACAGAAAGUUCCUAUGAACCUAUAUCGCAAACUUGUAUAGUUACUAUUCAUUCUUCUGAAUCUUGACUUGCUUUGUUGUAAUUGAUGCUUUUGUGGAUGGGUUUAUCAUAUUAUAAACCCGUUACGCAGCUAAAAGUUUAUCUAUUCUUUCUAUUAGAAAACAUGGGUAAGUUUAAUUUAGUAAUUAAUGUGCUAAACAUGUUAGUUAUGUAAAGUAAGGAUUAGGGGCUUAAUUCAACUAUACAAGUUUGCUCCCCCAUAAAGCCAUGACCAAAUUUUUACGGUUCCUGUUCUUUUUGAUGCAUUUGUAGAUUGAACAGUACAUAUCAGAGAUUAGAAAGCUCCAAGAAUCUGAAGCAGAAAUCAAACUUUUUGGUAUAGGAAUUUGGACUAACUUAAAUUUUCUGGAAUUAGUUGGAAUUUUUGUUAUCAAACUUUUAUUUUUUGAAUUAGUUUAAAGAAAUCCAACAGGCUAUUAGAGUUUUGGGAUUUGUUUACGUAAAGAUUGGUUAUACGGGAGUUUAAAUAAGUUGUUUCAAACAAAUGCACCGGUUCAUGCUGAUCGAACCACUCUUUUUCUCCAGCAUGGCGUACGGUCUGCUUCUCAGAGCAUAGGAUAUAAUUCUAGCUCUGGCAUUUUGGUUAUAUUGUUCUUCAGCUGAAUUGGUCUCUAUUUGAAUCAGGAUUCUGGAAGUUGGGAAGCAAAGGAGGGCAGGAUGGUCGAUCAAGGAUUGAGCCAGCGGAUAAAAGAGGACAAUCCUCAGUUAGCAUCAGUACUGAAAGAAAUGAAAGGAGGGUUGGAUUUGGUGAGAAGUAAAGUUGAAAGCUUGACUGCUAAGGUAAAAGCUAAUAAUUAUCCUACAGCUGAUGGGAUAAGCUACCUAGAGGCUAAAAAUUUGUUGCUUCUUAACUAUUGCCAAUCGCUGGUGUACUACAUACUUCGUAAGGCAAAGGGUUUGUCAGUUGACAAUCACCCUGUUGUUCAAAAGCUUGUCGAGACGAGGUUGUUUUUGGAGAAGAUACGACCAAUUGACAAAAAACUUGAAUAUCAAAUUCAAAAGCUCACAAAGGGUGCUUCACAGCCUGUGGAUCAAGUAAAUGUCAAUAGCAAUACAGAGGCUCCUAGAAAUUCUGAGGAUCUUUUGAAGUAUCGUCCCAACCCAGAUAUGCUUAAUAACAAAUUUGUGGUCGCCUCUGGGGAUGCUGUUGGUGUAUAUCGGCCACCAAAAUUGGUCCCAGUAGAAAUGGAAGGUGGCAGAAUAUCGAGGGAAAAAAGGAAUGAAGUGAGAAAAGAGAAAGAGAUGGUUAGACGGUCAAGACUGGGCUUCCAAAAAGAUUUGUUUGAUGACUUGCAGGGGAAGCCUGAAGAGGUUAAAGAAUCCUUUGGAAACGAGAGUAGGGAGUUCGAAAAAUAUCAGAGACACUGGGAAGCACGUGAGAAAGAGGAAGAAGACCAAUUCAUCCGUGCGCCUAUCACAAAGAAGGAGAAGAAAGAGUUGAGGAAUUUAAAGAGGUCAAGAGGCGGGUUGGAUGGUUUGACUGAUGGUUUCGAUAUCAAAUUCUUACCAUUGGAUGAUGGUGCUGGUGAACAACAGAAAGCUAGAAAUGGCAGUGUUGGAAUGAGGAAGCAUAAGAAACACAAGAGGAGGUAUUGAGCACAAGAAAAGCUGAUGAAUGUUGGAUGAAGGAUUUACCAAUGCAAUUCGGAAAAAUGGAAGGGCAAUGUUGUCGACAGAACUGAAACGUUUACUUCUUAUGUAAUUCAGGUGCAAUAAGUGUUAGAAAUAAUUUCUUUUAGUAUUUUUAUAAGUUGGCAGUUUUGCUAAUAUAUGUUGGUCACCACGACUCUCCAUAGAUUAGAUCUUGAAAUCGUUCGAAAUUAUAGAUUUACUGAAUUUUAUAAAUUUUGAAGUGGAAUUUUAUAGGAUUUUAAAAUUAAAAAAUUUAGUAAAAUCAAGAUUGGAACCUAUAGUCUAUAGGUAAAAUCAUAGACUUGGAAUUCCAAGAUCGGGUAUCCGAUCGUAGCGAUUCUUUUCCGACUCCGCAUAACUUUUCGAGGUCUUACAAACUGCAAACAAUUAUAGGCAGUUUGGUCUCACCUUCGUCCUGAAAAACAUCAUUUGUUACUACGAACGAACAAUUUUUGAUUUUGCCAAUUUUUGGAUGACAAUAUCUUUGUGCCCCGCACUCUCUUCUCCCUCCCUUUGCUGAGUCCCCCUCUCCCUUCCCUUCUUUCACACGUUCAAACCCUUCCUCUCUUUUCCGUUCAUCCCAUCAAACCACCAAAUUCCCACUCCUUCCCCCACACACGUCCAAAACCCCAUUUCUUCCCAAUCUCACCGAUUCCACUAUUUCAUUCACCAUCCCUUGUUCUGGGUACUCAUAAGAUUAGGAGUAGCUUUAGAAGCUUUUGAUUUGCAGCUAGGCCUGUCGGUUCGAUUUGGGUAACCGAACCCGAAAACGAUGAAAACCCGAAAACCCGAACUCGAGCCACACAACCCGAAACCGAAACCGAACUGUGCUUUUGUGGGUUUUCAGGUACUGGAACCCGAAAUGUAUGCAGAAGCGGUUCGAAGCACAACCUGGCACAGAUCAAGCAACACCCCCAGGUACCUCCCACUGCCAACUCAUCCAUAAAUCAAUUCCAACCAUUUCCGAGAAACAACACCCAAAAACAGAAUCCCGUCUAAGACAGCCAUUCGCCCAAACCCCUAAAUUCCCAGUUCCAUCCCUGUAAAUUCUGAAGAAGCGAGAUUUUCAAAGAGAACUAAGGUUACUAGGUGAGGGGAAAUGCCCGACGUCAUCACGGUAGAGGCGAUUGAUGAGGACAUCCCCUCGGAGGUUCAAGAAGUAGAUGGCAGAAGCAGCCACCGGCAUCUCUGCGAUCCAGUGGGGUGGUCGGGAUCCGGGGAAACCAGAUUAGCGGGGAGACGACCCAAUCCUUCCUUCCCUCAGUGAGACUGCGCUGCGCCUGCGGCUGUUUCGUUUGGCGAGUAUCCGUUUUCGGUUUUUGGGUUGCUUUUCGGUUUUGCGGGUUUCAGUAACACGAAAUCGAUACUAUAGAUAUCGGGUUGAACCCGAAAAAACCGAAACCGAGAAUGAAAAAACCGGUUCGGGUUCGGGUUAACCCAAAAACCCGAAACCGAAUUGACAGGCCUAUUUGCAGCUGUUGUCAAUGGUUUUAUUCUCACUCAAAGAGAAUCAAUCGAAGUUAGAUCUAUCAAUAAGAAAAGCCUAGAUAAUAGAUCUCAAGGGGUACACACCCUUGAGCCAGGAAGUAAAGCAAUACAUCCAUGGAAUAAGAUUAAACGAUCUUGGUUGAAACUAAACAUAAUUUGUAAUUCAAUCCACAAUUAUUUUGUAGUGGGUUCACUCGAUAAUGAGUUACCAUUGUAUCGGCCACCCAAGUUCGAAGGUGUGAUAUAUCUUAAAUCUAUAUACUAGAAACAUAUUAUGCAUUCCGGUUAUUGUUGAGGUGAUAGCUCACUAGACUAUAUUGAAAAUUAGUUCGAUGAGGGUUGAAAAUUAAAAAUCGAUUUUUUUUUAUUGUCAUGUCAUCUAUUUACCUAUCAAAAUUUAUGGUUGAUUGUUGUUUAGGAUAAAUUUAAUGAAAUUGAAUGAUAGGU